AUGACUAAACCUUUAAACAAAGAUACGUUCAUGAAGUUAUGGAAGGAAGAACUCUUACCUACUAUUCUUGACCGUAUUCGCGACGAAAUUAAACCAAUUCGAGAUAAUAUUCAAGCUGUAAAAGCAAAAUGCGAUCAAAUUGAAAGCAGUCAAGCGCUUCUUGCAGAAAAGUACGAUAGCAUGCUGGAAUCGUUGCAGAGUACAAAGAAGCAAGUUUCGGAAUUGGAUCAAUCGUUAAAGCAAAAAGUAAAGAAAAUUGAUGAUCUUGAGAAGGUUUUAAAAGAGCAAGAUGUUAAACUAGACGAGAUGCAUCAAUAUUCUCGGCGAGAUUGUAUAGAAAUUACAGGCAUUCCAGUAACCUCUAAUGACAACCCGAAGCAGUUAACCGUAGAGUUGGGAGAAUUGAUGGGUAUAGCAAACAUUUCUGAACAUCAUAUAUCAAUAGCUCAUAGACUACCAUCUACGAGAAAUGUUAAGGAUCGGUUGAUAGCUAAGUUUGUGCAUCGGGAAAUGAGAGAUGAGUUUUAUCGAAGAAGAGGCAGAUUAGCCGGAAAAACAUCAAAUGACCUGCCGCUGAUAUCACGGGAAUACGAUCAAAGUACUACGUCUACAAGACCUAAUAAAAUUCACAUUAAUGAGUCCCUGACUGCAUACCGAGAGCGACUGUUCGGAAAAAUUAAUCACUUUAAGAGGGAUAAACAUUUUAAGUAUAUCUGGACAGCGAAUGGAAAAAUACUUCUUCGUGAAUCCGAUUCCUCACCAAUUCACGUGUUUACAAGAGUUGAAGAAUUCCACGAGUUCGAAAAUAACUAUACAUCUAACUUACACAGAUAA